CAGGCGAAUGCGACGGGCAGUCCUGCAUACCGUAGGACCCCGCAGGCAAAGAUGGCGGCCCCCGCAGAGGUGGCCGGGGAGUUCGAGCGCUGGUUGAACGGCCGUCUCGACUCAUUGGAAGUGGACCGGGACGUGUACGGGGUGUACAUACUCGGAGUGCUGCAGGAGGAGGAGAGUGACGAUGAGAAGAUGGACGCGUUGCAGGGCAUCCUCUCUGCCUUCCUGGAUGAGGAUUCCCUAGAAGACGUAUGCAAAGAAAUCGUCAGGCAGUGGGCCGAUAGUUCGGCUCUGUCGGCUGUCAAGAACUGCCAGUCGGAAGAUGAGGUGCAAGCCAUUGCGAACAUGAUUGAGAAGCAGGCGCAAAUUGUGGUGAAACAGAAAGAGGUGACCGAAGAUGAGAAGAAGAGGAAGGAGGCUCUACUUGCCCACUAUGGCAACAUCACAGAUGAAGAGGAUGAAGAUGGUGCCGAGGAACAAAGUGGAGCAGCUUGUACGUUCGGCGGGGACAAGUUGCUCUUCAAGAACACCAACAUGGAGGAUGUGCUCAACAAGAAGAAGCUGCAGCGGGAACAGGCUCGUGUCGAAGCUCAGAAGAAGAAGGAGCAGGACAAGAUACAGCGCGAGAAGGACAAAUUGCUGAAACAGGAGCGGAAAGACAGGGAGAAGAAACGCACACAGAAAGGAGAGCGCAAAAGAUAAAACUUUUUGGACAUCGUUUCGUCAAGUGUUUCUUUUUCUGGACAAGGAAAGCUGUGUUUUUCCUUCAGUCCUCGCAAGGCAUUGUUGCAAGUUAUAUUAACCAAUACAAAGUCUGUUGUGCGAGGCAUCGUUCACACAUUUUAAUUUUUUUUUCUUUUUUUUUUUCUUUUUUUUUUCUUUAUGGACAACUUUAAAUGCUUUGGUCAGAAAAUCAAUUUUGUAAUUGGAAAUUUCUACAGAAAUUUACGUGAAAUGGGUCAGUCCUCUGCAGCCACUGUUCGGAGUUCUGAAGACUGCUUAGUAGCAACUCAACUGAGUUUACUGUGACAACAAUUACUGGUCAAAAGUUGUGCAAAUACAUGUGUAACUUGUGCUUAUGUUGGAGCUUCUAUUAUAAAAAAUUGGAAUGGGGAAAAAUAUUGUACAUUUAGCUGCACAGUUAAAGUUGAAAUCAUAGCCUGCUUAAAUAACUACUAUUAAUUAGAUAGCCUGUUUUACAAACUAUUAAAUGAUGUGAUGUAAAAAUAAAAGUGUAAAGGUAGCGAUUGGAAAUGAGCUUAUUUUUAACUUCUGGGGGUUGUAGGGCAUUGUGUUCCUAAACAUGUUGGAGAAUAUAUCAGUGAGGUAACAUCAGGUAACCUGAUGCACUGUCCACGUAAGCACUUGAGUACAGCGGUACACACAGUAAACAGUACAACCUGGGGCACAUGGCAAUCAGUGACCUACCCGUGGUGUUAUUCACUAUACAGUAUUAACUGCGCUUUUCUGUUCUGUAUUUGAUCUCUUCAAAGCUUCCAAUUCUAACAGUUUAUGAUUUAAAGUUAUUACUGUUUUUAUGGUUUUGGCCUCAUUGUGUACUCAGUUUGCUUGAACUAUUCUGUCAGCCUUUUUUGUUCUUUUUUAAACAAAGUUACAUAAUUAGAUCUUUUGAUAGUGGAAUCGGAGGUACACAUUUUAAAAUGUAUUCUUAAUACAGUACAUCCAGAUCUCUCCUGACUAGCCUAGUGCCUAAUGAUGAUAGCGCGUAAGUACAGAAACAAACCCCCUAGCGUGUACUUC